AUGGUGCUGCCCCCCUGCCCCAUGGCGGAGUUCGUGGUGCCGCGGCACAGCGCGGUCAUGGAGCGGCUCCGCCGGCGCAUCGAGCUCUGCCGGCGGCACCACAGCGCCUGCGAGUCCCGCUACCAGGCCGUGUCCCCGGAGCGCCUGGAGCUGGAGCGCCAGCAAACCUUCGCCCUGCACCAGCGCUGCCUGCAGGCCAAGGCCAAGCGGGCCGGCAAGCACCGCCAGCCGCCCCCGGCGCCGCCGCCGCCCGCGCCCCCUCCGCCCGCCGCGGCCGCCGCGGGCAGCGCCGAGAGGAGCGGAGCCAACGGGCUGGACGGAGAGGCCGCCGGCGCCGAGCAGCACGGCCGCAGCAGCGCCCUGAUCGCGCAGCUCCAUGAGACUGUGAAAAGAAAGCUCGACAGUGCUGCUUCCCCUCAGAACGGAGACCAGCAGAAUGGCUAUGGAGACGUAUUUUCUGUGUCCAAGAAGCUGCGUCGCGAUGACGGUCUUGGAGUGAGUGGUUCUUCCAAUGGAAUGCCCCCUGUGUCUCCACUCCAUCAUCUUGACAAGAAAUCUGGCAACGGAGAUACCUUACAACUUAACGGGAAACAUCCCAUGGGGCUGGAUGGCAUCAGCAAGAAGUGUCUUCCAGAUUCCAGCCUGCAGAUGAAUGGAGGUGGCGAUGCUGAUGAUUCAUUUCCUCUGAGUUUGAACAAAGAGUUGAAGCAGGAGCCCGUAGACGAUCUUCCCUGUAUGAUUGCUGGAGCAGGGGGUUCUAUAUCUCAGAAUAACUUGAUGCCUGAUCUAAAUCUAAAUGAGCAAGAAUGGAAGGAACUUAUUGAGGAGCUUAAUAGAUCAGUGCCUGAUGAAGACAUGAAGGAUCUCUUUAAUGAUGACUUCGAAGACAAAAAAGAUGCAGAUUCUUCAAAUUCAGCUGCACAGACUCCAUUGGCACAAGAUAUUAACAUAAAGACUGAGUUUUCCCCAGCACCCUUUGAACAAGAGCAGCUGGGAUCUCCCCAGGUUAGAUCCACUUCUUCAGGUUCAGCAUUUAUUGGUGCUGCUUCUGUACCUGUAAGUGCCGCUUCUCCAGCGGUCGGUAGUUCUCAGGCUAUGUUCCAGCCUUCCACUCGGUCAAUGACUGAAAAUCCUAAUCAGCCCAUGAUGCAGGCAUCAAACCACUCUCAGAACGUCCAGAGGCCUCUCCCCAGUGUGUUGUUACCUGGGAAGGGUCCAGGAAGUGCCAAAGAAAUGUCUUCUGCUCAUCAACUUCAGCAGAUUGCUGCCAAGCAGAAGAGAGAUCAGAUGUUGCAGAACCAGCAACAAGCUUCACAAGUCCACCAAACGAAUCAGAUGUCUACGUGGCCACAGUCUGGGCCUUCCCAUAGUCCACUGGCUGUCCCAUAUACCAUGGAAAAUCCCACUAGCCCAUCAGUUUAUCAGCCAGACUUCAACAAUCAGAAACUCAUGAUGCCUAAUUUGGGAAAUAAAAGCUCGCCGAGAGCUGGAGGCAAUUACCAUGUGAACAUCUUGGGUCAUCAGCAAAACAGCUUGAACCAGAACCCUGUGAAUAGUCAGGGCUCUAUGCUGGACUAUGGGAACACCAAACCUCUUUCCCAUUACAAAGCAGAGUGUGAGCAGGGGGUUGCAGUCCCUGGGCAGAACAAGACCCCCAUGCUGGCCUACAUCCAGCAGCGGCAGCAGGCACCGCUGUCCCACGUGAGCGACGAGCAAAAUGGGAUGAUCCUGUUGAAACCCAAGCCUGGAAACAUUGCCUACCGACUGCCACACAGUCAGGAUCAAAACCCUUCUCCUAACGUUCCUCGCGUUCCCGUCUCUGUCCCGGGCCCUGGUGUGGGUGCCCAGGCUCCAAACGUCUCCAUGGCAGGUAACCACAGCAACUCAGCUUAUCUCAGCAAUCAGCAGCAAGCAGCAGUGAUGAAGCAACACCAAAUGCUGAUGGACCAGCAGAAGCAGAGAGAGCAGCAACAAAAGCACCUGCUCAUGGAGCAACAGAAGCAGCAAUUCCUCAUGGAACAGAGGCAGCAGCAUUUGCUGGCAGAACAGGAGAAACAGCGGCAGCAGCAGGAGCAGCAGCUGCAGCGGCACCUGACUCGGCCUCCUCCCCAGUACCAGGAUCAACCACAGAAUCCAUACCAGCAACAGGUUGGACAGUUCACAGGGUCAUCUUCAGCCAUGCCUGGGGUCAGUAAUUUAGGACAGUCCAGCUCCAGUAGCCCACGGAUGUUUCCUCAGACCCAGAACAUGAUUCAGAUGGGACCUGGACACACUCCUGUUCCUCCACUCCAGUCGGGCUCCAGUCAGCAGGACCGGGGGGUGACUCAGUAUCCCAAUAUGCAAAACAUUCAGCGCGGGGGAUUGUACAACCUGGCGUCUGGAAUGACACAGAUGGUUCCCCAGCACACAGCUCCAAGUGCCAAUGGACAGACUCCAAUGCAGAGGCAGGGCAGCUUGGGCCAGGGCACUGCUGUUCCUGCUGGCUAUGGGCAGAACACCUUAGCAAACUCAAGUAUUUCUCAGCAGCACAAUAAAGGUGCACUGAAUCCAACCUUGUCUAAGCCACAGAUGGCAAGAGUACCAGCUGCUAUGGGGGCUCAAAAUCCAUCUUGGCAACACCAAGGUAUCCCUAAUAUUAACAACCAGACACAAGCAAACAGUGGCUUAGGACCAUUUACUGCCAACUCCUCUUUCCACAUGCAGCAGACUCAUCUAAAGAUGUCCAACCAACAGUUUGCCCAGGGAAUGCCUCAGGUAAGCCUAAGCACCAGCAGACCCAUGACCUCGAUGAACGCUGCCGUCUCUGGGCAGAUGUUGUCAUCAUCUUUAGGUGCACAGCCCCGGACAAACCCACCUACACAGCAGCAGGUACCCUCACAGCAAGUGCUGCCUGGCAUGAACCAGACUGUUCCAGACCUGAAUGCUUUCAACCAGAAUCCAAAUCAGCAAAUGCCCAACAGAGGAAACCUGCACUGUAGCCAAGGGUACCCUGUGAGGACAACCAGUCAGGAGCUGCCUUUCUCCUACAGCGGCCAGUCGGGCAAUAACGGACUUCAGAACUUAACUGGUGACACAGACCUGAUAGACUCUUUGCUGAAAAACAGGACUUCAGAGGAGUGGAUGAACGAUUUGGAUGAGUUGUUAGGAACUCAUUAAAAUGGGGCCGGGGGUGGGGGUUCUACUUUUUUUAAUUAUUUCAUGACAUAUAAACAACACUUGGACCAAAAAAAAAAAAAACAACCUGUGGCAUUGAGGAGACUUGCAGGCAUUAGAGGUAAAAUGGUUGGGAAAAAGACUGGAGCUGCUUCUCAAUGAGUGUUGACACACGGUCACGGUGCACCAAGCGGGUCUGUGGGAGGAGUGCACGUUAUCUGGGGUCUCUGAGGAGUCGCACACUUGAACAGGUCAAAAAAAUACUGUGUCCUAGCCAGCCUUCCAGAAAUCUCACUUGCAGUGUUCUAAGAGUAAAUUUUUUAAUUAUUUAAAAAAUAAAACAAAAAUUCCACAGAAAUAGUGCAGAAAGAAAGCAAAUAGUUGCACAAAUUGUGUUUAGGGCUUAGUCUGCAGCUAUUACUUGCAAUAAUUAUUUGUUUGUAGCUUGACAUGUUGUUAUAGUACUGUCCAUCCAACUUCUGACUUUUUAUUUGAGAAGAGGCUGUUAUGCACCUGAGCACGCUUGCAAAAUGUUUGGACUUGUUUCUUUUCCCCGUUGCUGAAGCAUGUGCCUGUACUCUCAGUAAGCAAGUGGUAUUUCACAGUAAAUAUAUCUAGAUGCUGGUAAUAGAUGAGAGGAAGUAUUAAAACCUGGCCAGUUAGUCUAGACAGUCAUCUUCCUUCAUAGAUUGUAGUCUUUUAAGCUGCAGUUUGCACUCUGUUGUAGAGAGGCACAGUUCUUGGCUUGUACCUUGCUGUGUUUAAAGGGGGAAUUUCUCACGGGAGAACUUUUAAACUAUAGUAGGUUUAACGUGAAUUGUAAAGCCAUUUACUUUGCACCUGUUUCUUCAUAACUUAUUUCCAAAGGUAGUUGUAUUUAAAUGAAGGCUUUGCUUCAUGACAGCUCAUCUAGUUUUCUUUGUUGUAAAAGGUAAAACUAACUUUUGAGAUCACUUCAUUCCCCGAAGUUAGCAAUGAGUUAGUAAUGAGCACAAGACUUUGUCACUUCAGGAUAAAAAUGAGGAAAAAAGAAUUUGGCUGGGAGGUGGAAAGUCCUUAUGAGCAAUAAUAGCACAGGCAGCCUGGGAGAAUAGUUGUAUCAGGGUUGCUCCAAUAUGGAAGUCUCCCCCUUUAAAUACUUCGGUUUUUUAAUACUGGGUUACGAGUUUGAUAAUCUUUCUAUAGUCUGGUGGAUUUACUUCUUUAAUAUCCCUUGAAGCAGAUGCUGGUUCUUCAGCUCAGCCCAAGGGGAUCUCUUAUCCAUAUGUUGGGAUUGGUCCCAGAAAGGACAAAACACAAUGGGAACAGUCAGUGUUCCAAAGUCCUUACUCUCUACCAAAAAAAUCCCUUAUCCACCAACAAACCACCUUGCCUUAACCUUUAUUUUAAAAAGAAAAUAAAGUUGAAAGCUUUUGUUUGAAAUGCACAAAUACCUCUUCCCUUUCUAAAUCUACUUUCUUGGAAAGCUCCUUUAAACUUUCUAACCAAACCCAGCGUUGUGAUUUUAAAGCAAUUUCCUUCAACAUAGACUGGCUUCUUCAGGAGUUUUCUGCACUGCAGAAUUGUGUGAGAGAGGGUUUUUCCAGAGGGUGUGAAGGGAAGUGAAAGAUAUCAUUGGUUUCAAAGAAGGAAAAUAUUUUACUGUAUCUGCAGCUCCUUUAUGAGACAAUUUGCACUUUUAAAAACUGCUUUUUUAACACUAAUACUUUAACCCUUUCCAAAUAUGCAUGGAACAUGGUUUGUGCAGCACACUUACCUAGUGUGGAUGAAUUCUGCUCUGUUGAUCAGAUUUGCUGUUGUAUCAUGUUGAACUGUUGGUGAAAGAUGUGCAUUGAUCAGUGGAUCCCACCGUUCAAUAGUGGAUAAAACUUCCCUGAAGCAGGCUUAAUCCCUCCUAGAGCUUUUGAAAAGGUAACAUAAAGAUUCUCUUUGGAUGGGAAGACAGAGGUGUUGGUGACUUUGCUUGUUGACACUUCUGAUAUUUUCUAGAAUAAGUAGUUGAGAUGCAAAUAACUGAUGCUAACUCUUCUUAUACUGGCAAUCUAAGAAAAGAGCUAGUGAUCUUGGUUUACUUUUAAGUUGAACCAAAACCUGGUCCAAGGUAAGUGUCAUUAGAAGAUUAUAGAUAUAAACUAGCAAUGGCAGGGGAAGGAGUGUUUGCUGUAUUUUUAUUUUUAAGGGUUAACUUUGCACCAGUGUGCCUUCCCUUCCUGUCGGGGGUGCUUGGGACCUCAAUUUCAAG